UCAACAACGACCUCAAUUGCUGAAUAUUUGAAACAGUUACUAAGGGAUAAACACAAUGUCUCUACUUGUGCUCCAAACACAUUCCUUCACUGCGAACGCCUUCUCAAUGAGGAAAUUGAAAGAGUUAGAAUGGAAAUGAUCGGACUUAAAGCAGAAAGCCCAAAUAGUUCAUUUCUUGCUUCAUUACCUGAACCUGAAGGCGACAAAGUUCAAAUUAUCGAGAAAGUCUUUAUACCGGUUAAUCGUUUUCCUAAUUAUAAUUUUGUAGGUCGACUUUUAGGCCCAAGGGGAAUGACAAUGAGACAGUUAGAACUUAAUAUAGGUUGCAAGGUGAAAAUUCGAGGAAAAGGAUCUCUCAGAGAUAGAAAAAGAGAAGAACAACUAAGGGGCAAACAAAAUUGGGAGCAUUUACAAGAGGAAUUGCAUGUUGUUAUCGAAGUGGAAGAUACACCAACCAGGGCUCAAAUCAAGUUAGAAAAAGCUAAGGAUGAAAUUAACAAACUAUUAAUUCCCGUGUCUGAAGAAGAUGACGAACUGAAACGAAAACAAUUGGAAGAUUUAAGGCUCUUGAAUGGG